GCCAAGAAUGCUGAAGCUCCUUCGUCAAGCUCGAGCAUGCAUGUCGCGCCUCGGAAUUCGAAGACCGACAAGACAAACAACACUGCAGCUGUUGCUACUCCUUCACCUCCGCAACGACACUAAGGCAUGAUAGAAAGAUAUACUAUAGAUCAUGAUAUCUUCCUGAUUCAGAUUCAGAUUCUCCAUUGGUGUCUUAUCUUUCAGUGAAUACGCGUAGGGGCGUUACGAAAGACAAAAAACAAGUGUUCAGACUCUUGAUGAGUCUUCAACUUCAAUAAAGUAGAUGUAGUUCGUAGACGCAGAAGAGAGAGAGAAACCUAAGCAUGAAGAUCUUCAAUUUCGUAUAGUACUCGAAACCUCCCUAGUAAAGGCUAAACAUCAUGAUCUUCUUCAAGAAUGUGGUAACAGAAACCCCAUCCCUAAAUGUUAAACAUGUUGAUGAUCAUCUGCUAUCGUCUAAUAUCAACAACAGCCUCCGGCGCAACAGGUCCCAAGGGGUCUGUGGUUUGAGCCUUUAUUCCUCAUAAUGAUGCAAAUGCGUCUGCCAUUGACCAGAGAGCAAGCACGAGCACUCUUUGCGCAUUAUGCGAGAGAACAUGCAGAACAAAGAGACACGUCGCAGAAAUUAAGGCUCGCGACCUCGCCGUCAAGGACCUAAUAAAUCGUAAUUGAUUUUGAUUCAUCAAUCUUCAUAGAUAGAUGAUGAUGAUGAGAAGCAUUUUUUUUUUGUGGUUUGCUUAGUCAGACCAAGGACUGGCUGUAGAAGGCAGGGAAAUCAACAAUUGAUGAAUUUGCGCGCGCGCAUCUAACUCUGAGGAGGGCGACGGCUAUGGAAGACACCUCUGACGUAGGGACGAGAAGAGCACCUACAUUUUCCAGAGCAGGUUAAGGCCGCAAAUAAGUCGUCGUCGACGGACCACUUUUAAUGUUUGAUAGAGUUGUGGAUCAUCAACAUCAAGAGCAGCAACAUCUUCUGGAGUAGUGAAACUUCUAGGAGUUUCAUCAAGCUCCACUUCUAGGAGUUUCAUCAAGCUGCAACAUGAAUCUUGAAAAAAAGCAAGAAGUCUUGAAGAUUAUACUGCAGCAUCUCUCUAAAAAGUGGCGGAAAAUGGCGCUGAGGCUGACCCAACAGCAACAGCAUCAGCAGUUAAGGCAUUUGAUAACUCAUCUCCGCAAGACCAAGAGCCCAAGAGCCACUAGCACGAGCCACGACAGAGGAUGCGAAAAAGCUGGAUCCCUUUCCCUCGUGUAGUUGUACUUGUUAGUAGUCUUUCCACGACAGUAGACGUAGAUGAGUAAGUUUGAACGUAUCUUCCCGGUAGCUCGUAGUCGUGUUUGAAUCGUCGUGAAGCGACAGUAGAGUGAGCUUGAAAGUAUCUUGUCUUCUGUGUCGCUCGUAGUCGUGUUUAAAUCGUCGAUCCCUGUCGUCCCUCGUAGUGUUUAAAAAGUCGUGAAGAGGACGUUCUCCUUUUCAUCCUCUAAAAGACACGACUCACGCCAAAGCCUCUUCUUGUCUCGAAGCAGAGCACAGAGUCUAUUUUCAGAUUUAGGGCUUCCCCUAAUCCAACGCCAACUCUCUGGAGAUCCCUCAUCCUCAAUAGUAUGCACCCCAAUACCAGGGAGAUACUCUUGAGGCAUAUUCUACUUGAGGGAUCUCCACAGGGAUAGGAUCGAAUAGGAUAUUAGUGUGCCUUUGCAGGGAUGAAUUAUUGGGGGAAGCCAAGCUCUAAGAGAUGUGAUCGAUUUCGGCGUCCAUAGGGAAGCAUUCUUCUACUUUCUACAUUUUCAUCGGAUACAGCUUCCGGACUCCGCGAUUCUAGCACUUUGGGAUCAAAUCAUACUGCCGAAAUUUAUGAAGUAGAAUCAAAUAUCUCAAUCUCAAACAAAAAUGUUACCUGCUAUAUCUCUAGAUUGCUAAUAAAUGUUCACCUAUAUCUAUCACGCGGGCUGGUCCUGGAGCGUUCAUUCGCCCUCAGCUACUUUAUGUAAUGGUCGACUCUAGCUAAAAGUGGAAUGAUGUAAGUAUUGUUCGUCGUAGACAAAACGAAAGAAACAAAUACAAAUAGACGCUUCUGCUUGUUGUGCUUCAUCUUGUUCGCCAGCACGACUACAGCCAGUACCUUCUAGACCAACAGGAGCCCACAGUUACAGCGUCUCCGUCUAACUAUCGGCGUGGUGCCUUGCAGAACUCCACGGUAGAGCUGCCCUCUUACAUGGCUGAAACAUUCAUUGGGCAGUGGAUAACGGAUCUGCGGAUGCGGAAUGAGGAGUAUAACAUUACGAAUCCAUCGACUUCAAAGGUUGUCGUUGUAUAUUUAGAUGCACUAGUUGCAGAAGUAGAUGCAGAAGUAGAUUCACACUCAGCAGAGGAAGUAGUGAAAAUAUCUCGAUGUUGUCGGACUAGGACAUUAACAUUGACAUGAGUACUAUUUUAGUAGAACAAGUAGAAGUAUCUUAACCUUAUCGAGGUCGUCGUGUAGAAGUACUAGAAGAUACAUUUACGUCAACGUCCUCGUGGUCUUUCACUAGGAGAAAGUGUCUAGCUUCAACUAAACACUAGUAGGCUUAUGAGGAUUAGUAAAGAUCUUGUUGUAUUUCAUUUUCACGUAGUUGAUUAUCUUGAAUGCUUUGUUCUUCCAUGAUAGUGAGUGUUUGAUGUGUCGUUGUUGAAACUUGAGACCUGUCAUGUGACUGUGGCGUCAUUACUGAGCUCCUCUCAGCUGAGACGAAUCUGUCCCUGACGAUGCCUAUUACUGGUCGUAGUGAUUAGCGGCCAUUAGCUAGUCAAGUGUAAGUGUCGUGAAAACCUUAUCACCAGAAAAUGAAUUUGAAUUUUGGGCGAUAAAAAACCACUUUUUCGAGAAUAAUUGAAAUUUCGACUUCUUUUUUUUGAAAUUUGAAACUUUGAAUUUCUACUUUUUCCAUCUGAGGGAAUCUGUGGAAUGUUGUAGAUAGCAAGAGGGCACACAGAUGCUUACUCUAUCAUAAUGUAGUAAAAGUAGGAUGUACUAUUAAAGUAGUAGUGAGAGGAUCUUCGCUCGAUAGGCAGGAAUAAAGACCAACUACGGUCGCACGUGAUGUACUGCUUCUACUUCAGAAGACGUAACUCUCUUUCCAAAAAUGUAGUUCUUUCACUCCUAGAAAGACUACUAAAGAACUUUGUUGCUCAACCUAGAACAAGAGACAACAACAAGCUCCACCUCUAAGUUCUCUAAUCUCGAAGCAGAAGACAACAAAGAGCAGAUUGCGAGUACCUCUGUGGCGCCAUGGCCUCCAAAAGAACUUGUGCCGAUCGAAUUUUAUGCUCCAUCUCCUAAUCCAUCUCUAGUACAGGGAAGUAGAUUCGUCAACAAUUCAAGGGGAUCCGUCAACGUUUCAUCUGGCGUUGUACCCCAUGAAAAUAAAUGAAUGGCAACUGCAAUAUCUACUAGAAGACGUAGGUGGUGGACGAGUAGACCUAUUUACCUGUUAACUUUUUACUCCGUACUGUAGAUAGUUGACCUUGACGAGGACAGAGUAGAUAGACUGGAAGCGAGGGGAUAGCGCUCGUCUUAGCACCGACCACAGAGAUGCAUCUCCACAGAGAUGGUGAUGGAUGUCCACGGAUAUCAAAAUCAAUGGUUUGCUAGGGACACUUAGCUCUCUCUAAGAAUUUGUUACCGACUUAACAAUCGAGGUACUGCUUCGAAGUGGGAUGUGGGUAGAGUUUGCCAAAGAGAUACUGCGUUCGCUCGACGUCGUCGUCGCUCCGGAUGUUACGAUGAGUAACUUCUCUUGAGGGCGCUUGAUUAGUACACCCAACUUUUAAACUCGUAAAAUAGCAACUCAAAUUGUUGAUGUCAGUAUGAAAAAGUUGACCCCCAUUAAACUCGAAAAAUAUAAAUUGUUGCCAGCAUCAAAAAGCUGGCCCCCAUUAAGUCGAAGCUCGCCGAUGCUAUUUUGGUUCUUUAUCCUUCCUCCGUGGCAGCUUUCACUACACCAAUUUUGAUAUACGCGUUAUUCUUGACCACAUUUACCUUACGUUAUAUUGACCUUGAAGUUCUUGAAUCUGUUCCGUCUUGCCGGUAGUUUAGAAGGGCUACUCACGUUAUUUUUGACCACAUGCACAUUACAGCGUUAUAUAAUUACUUAUAUAUCAUCGACCCACCUCCCACAAUGAUUUAUAUUACUCCCACAUCGUUUUCGUUGUGUUAUCAAUAUAUGAUUAACGACGCUCUUUCUAAUAUCCAUGUAGAAAGCAUCUUUCGGGAGUUGCUGAUAAAAAACAUUGUGGAACAGAGUUCGGCAGGAGACGUUGAGAAGAGCAAUUCGACGAAACAGAUGACGGGGUUUCUCCCAUUCGACGACUGCUAUCGGAUCCUCAAAGGCGUCGGGAAGAUUAUGAGUCUGACUUGCUCCAAAUUGGCUCCAACAUGACUUCUUGCGCUUUCGGAAAAAAUGAUAAAAAUGCAGAUGGUCUAUCUCUAUAGAUCGUUUCUGAGCAGUUGUAUUCCUAUUCCAGAAGUAGAAUACACAAUCGAUAUCGAUUUCUUGUUGGAUAUCAUUCAAGAUUGGUGGUUCUUGCUUCGCCCCCUAAGAAAGGUAACUACAUGUCGUGCACCAACUUAUCGAAGGUAUUGCUCUUUCAAUCGGUAAAUGGACCUUGUCGAAGGCAUCUUCCUUUCAACUAGAGCAGGAGAGAAAAGUUGUGUACCCUGUCAACUAGAAGAAACAGAAAGGAAAGGUGUCGCAAGAUACGUGGCUUCAAACUACACUCUGAUUACAGCUACAUUCUGAUGGAACGUUCUAAGAAGACAUCGGGAAUGGAUUUCCGCUACUUCCGGCGCACCAUACAGGCCUUAGGUAUGGCUCUAUUAAAAAUCGUUGAUGUAGUCGUGCAUGUGGUAUAACUUCCUGCUUCCUCUUCCUUGCUCUUCAGUCUCAGAGUCUAGCUCGAUUAGUACUAGUCCUUGUACUUCCACUUCUUCAGACUCUAGCACUUCUUGCUUCACCUUCUAGAAGAUGUAGUGCUCCAGAAUGAUGAGGUCACCAUGAUUUUGUUGUUAGUUCCGCUAAUCCGAGCCUGAACUUUUCCUACGCGGACUUGUAUGACACUUACGUUCAAGCGGAAAAGGAAGAACGCCUCCGCCUUGAACAGUUCCAGUUAAGGCUUGUCAGCAUAGUACUUCAUUCAUCUUUAGCGACAGGAUAAGGAUACUGUUUAACUUGCCUCAGUCAGAAUGAUGAGGGAAUCCUUCUUGAAUAUCUCAGAAGAUUCUUGCUUCUACUAUGGUGCUAUUGCUUCUGGGGUAGAAGAGAACAUUUUUGCUGAGAAUACAAAUACAAAAACUCUGCUGGCUCCUGUAGUACAAUGAAUGGAUGAAUCAAUGAGAGUCCUCUAAUCCAGUUGGCAGCGUUGAUCUUGGUGAAAGAGCGACUUCAGCGGCAGUUCAUGCGCGAGCUUGGUUUGGAAUCGGAUCAGAUUUUCUUAACGAUGCUCGGCUACAGUGCUCUCUUCAUACUGAUAUUCCUCUUCUUUUAUGGCGCACAAAGAAAAAGAAACCGGUUAGUUUUCCCCCAUACCCUAGAUUUAUCCCAACAAACACAAUCUAUCGCAUCAAUCAUAGUUGAUUACUCUCGUGUGAGCUGUGAAGCUGAGGGUGAGUGUGUAGUUGCCUGUAUCUGUAUGAGAGACCACUGUUAGUGGGUAUCUUUCAGGCUCAACAAUGUUAGUAGGUAUCUUGCUCUAAACGAUUGUUUGGCUCCAUGUCGUCAUCCUCCCUACGAGUUUCUUUUUCUUCUAGAUAGACGGUCGGUGAAUAAUUAACAUCAAAAACCACAAAGUAGAUUUCUAAUUUUCGCUGCUCGUGUUGCAGAGUUUCGGUCCGGGUCAUAGUUUGAUCACGACUUCGGUCCAGGUCUUUUUCGCAGCUUUCGUUACCUUCAGUGUGGACCGGCUCAGCAGCGAGGGAAUCAACUUGCCGACUUAUCUAUUAAGGCAACUGUUACGACUUAUCUAUUUCUAUUAGGGUCGUGAUAUCAAGAACAUCGAUUGCUUAGCGCGCGGUCAUCUGGCUAUAAUCAUACUACUGGCAACAAGGCUAUGCCUUGUCCUUAAUCAGUCAAAAACCUAGUUUCUUUGCAACUAUUAAGGCCACUGCUACGAUUCCGUCUACGACCCUAAGGAAAAACUCCUUUACGCUUUCGCCUACAAGGACUGCUAGCUACAGCUAUUUCUUUGUGCCUCUUGUUUUAUUUCUCUCCAUAGAUUUGCGCUUGGUUUGAUUUACUUUCCAUAGGGUCUAGUAUCAGAGAUACUCUUAAAUACAAAUCUCCAUGCGCAUGCUCAUCUGAGGCAUGAGAGUAUUGUGAACAAAUCAACUGCAGUUGAUCUUGUCAGUCAGCAACUGUCUACCCUCCGUAGGCAUAGUGGCUAGUACUGGAGAUGCACUUAUACAACUCUCCGUGGGGAGAUCUAAUGUAAGGCAAAUUGAAGGCAGUAGUGAAGAAAUCCGUCAGGGUUAUGCACUAGCUCAUCUGCUGCUGGAGGAGAUAAGAGCAUUGGGCUAGUACGACAAGCUGCUGUGCGUGUACGUCAAGAAGACACCACAUGGGAUGCAGAUGCCAGUAAGUGCUGUUCUUGUACGAGGCGAAAAAUUAAAACGGGACGAAGAUGGUAGUAGGCGCUGCCGUGCGCGUACGUCAAGAAGAAAGAUGGGAUGAAGAUGCCAGUAGGCGCUGUUGUACGAGAGGAAGACAAGAGAAGACUUCUACAAAGAUGUGCAUAGUGCUAUUGUUUUGAAGAGGAAGACCACAAAUGAGACCACUCAACAGGGUUCAGUUGUGCAAAAACUUACUUUUUAUGUUGCUAUGUAUUCAUCAUCGUGAAUGAGUUGAACAUCAAAAUUUGUAUCACUCGGCAAAAAAGCGAAAUCAUCACUCGCUUGCUCCCUAAAGUAAUAAAUUUCGCGACAGCUUCUAUUGAGCUACAUGAUGAAGUGUAAUGAUAGAUAAUGAUCACAAAUGUUAAUACAACGUCUCUCUUAUGUUGACGCGUAUCUUCAUCUACUUGCCGUAUAUCCACUUCAAUGGGGAAACGAAGAUAAAGACGGAUCAUCCUCCGUGUCAUUCUAGCUACUAAGCAAGAAGUUGCUGAGAAGAUGUUGCUCCGUCUAUAUCACCAAAGACCAAAGUUGUACUACUUGUAUAUUAACCUGCUUGGCAAAAGGUGUGGCUACAACUUCGCAUAUCAUAUCGCCAAAGUUGUAGGUAGUCUAUCAGCAAAGAGUAACAGGAGUUGUUUGAGGAUUAUGCAGCUGAGUUGUCUCUGAUAAAAACCAUCAAAAGAGACUGAAUCAAAAUUAACGAGUUCUCACUUUUUUUGGAAGUUGUCUUUCUUUCGUAUUAAUUUACAUCUCUAGAAGAAUGGAAGCGAAGGCGGAGGCUAGAGCAAUGUUGUUUUUUGAUUUUCUUUCAUUCUCGUCUGAACAAGAAGUGUUUGCACCUACUGAGAGCGAUAAGAUAGAAACGCGAGCAGAAAGCUUUUUUCCGAAUGAUGUCUCAUUUUUGAAAGUAUUCAAUAACUUCGGAAAAUCUUCUUGAGAGAUAUCUAUGACGAACUACAGGCUGUUUUCCAGAUCCAGUGUAAAGCCGUUGCUUCUUUGCGUCAAGCCUAGGUCGUCUGAGACGCAUUGUGACCACUGAGACUGGCUAUCAUUGCAACUGAGACGCAUCGCGCUAGCUGCUGGCAUGUUGAUUUGUGACCAAUAUGAUGGAAAUAGAGUUAGUGUCAGUGGUCAAUGAUGGUGUGGAGAGUACGAGAGCCCAGAGGACGAGGGUAGCGCGACAUUGCCGACAGAAUAGAAUAGAGAAGCAGCUCGUAUUUCUUUGCUGGGUCAUUUGAU